AUGGACGAAUGGUCGACGCUAGAGGGACUUGGGCUCGCCUCGGCGCAGCUUAGGUCUCUGGCGAGGCGGGGGAGUUUCUCUAGGGAUGACGGCGUGUCGAUUGAGUUCUGCAACUUCUGCCAGGAAAACGCGAAGCACCACGUGCUGCUGUUCACCGGCUGGGACGAGUCCUUCCUCAAGUACGGCGACGUGAUAUCGGAGCUACUGCAGGCCGGCAUCAACGUCUACGCCAUGGACUGGCGGUCCCAGGGGCUCUCUGGCAGGCACUUGCUCGACCCCCAGGUGACGUACGUGCAAAGCUUCGAUGACCACCUGGACGACCUGAGCUUUUUCGUGAACCAGGUGGUAGUCGAGGCAUGCGGCGUGAGGACCUCCCAGCUGACCUGUCUCGCGCACUCCAUGGGAGGCUUGCUUUCGCUCAUGGCAGCGGCGGGCGACCGGGGCUUGUUCCAGAGGCUGGUGGUGUGCUCGCCGAUGAUCAUGAUGAAGUGCGGCAUGCCGCACUUCGUGGCCCUGUGGCUCGGGCGCCUGUUCUGCAGGCUCGGCAUGGGCUCGAGCUACGCGCCUGGAGAGAGCGGGGUGGACGUGUCUAGGCCGAUCACGAUGAAACUGACGACGGACAAGGCGAGGCUCGCAACGUGGGAGAGGAUCCGAAGAGCCUACCCCAUCGUGGCCAUGGGGGGCAUGAGUAACCUCUGGGUCGUGGAGGCCAUCAAGGCGCAGGACUGGUUCAGAGCAAGGGCCAAGCAGGUCUCGGUUCCCGUUCUGCUGCUCGAGGCGGGCAUGGACGUCUUCGUGUGCACGUCGAGACCUUUCAGGGAGCUCUGCCGCGCGGUGCCAAGCUGCCGCCGCCUUUGCUACCCCACGACGUACCACGAGAUUCUUUUCGAGAAGGACUGGGCCCGAUCUCACGCCAUGAAGGCGACCAUCGCCUUCCUCAAGUCGGGCGAAUACCCGGCGCCCGGUGAGACGACGGUCAUCACCCCACCUCGUCUCUCGGAGGAAGAGCGGCAGAAGAAGAUGAAGCUGUUGCUGGUCCGCUUCUGUUUCGUGGUGGUGGGGGCCGGUCUCGGCGUGGCGGGCGUUGCCUUCUCCAAGCGCAGGGGCUCCGUGCUUGCGGUUCGGAAGUAGCUCUCGGGAAGUUUCUUUUGUCAAUUUUCGGGGGUGGGAAUUACGAAGCGUCAGGGUGGCAUGGUUGCCGUAGGAGAAGGUUGGUCGCGUUUGACACGGCAGUGUUUGUCGUCAGCCAGUCGUGAACGAUCUCGGCCCCCCUCUGAGGGUGCCGUGGUGGCGAUGUAUCUGAGGGUGCCAUUGUGGCGAUGUAUCCGUCGUGACCCCGUUGUGUUAUGUUCGGGUCUCCCCCUCGCACUCGGUUGAGACACAACCGAGAUACUGGGAUAGGUCCGCUUGAUGAGAUGCCAUCACGGUAGAGAGGCGGGGUUAACAUCCGUGAGAUGUCAACUCCUGAGAACUCGUCGUGUUCACGAUGUUUCGGUCCGGGAAAUCUGUCCUGCAUCAUUUUGCGGCCGUAACGCCGUCUGUUACUCGUGAACCGUUUCGGCGCGGUAGGUCAAAGGGGUGGGUAAACUCGCGAGAACGUUG